ACAAUCAUAGAACAGCUGGCGGUAAGCAGACAGCUCGGAGCGGGACCCUUGAAACUAAACACUUUACUGUCUGUUGUUGUGUUUUUUUUUGGGGACUUUAGCCUUAUUUCACAUUUGUUUAUAAAGAUAGAAAUUAGUUUUUAAUUUAAAAUGUGCUUAACAACAUUACAGCGUUAGGCUUGGGGUCUGUGUUUCAGAGUAAAGCUGAAUAAUUAAUUAUGACGAUAUAAUAGUAUCAGUACUAAUGCCCCUAAGUGCAUGAGAAACAAAGAAAUGGCUCCCAAGAAGCAGCAGCUGAAGCCAACAACAGCUAACAUCUCCAGCUCGUUGGACCUGGAGUCUGAGGACAUCAGCCUGGAGACAACAGUACCGACCACCGAGGAUGUGUCUUCGUCCGACGAGCAACGCAACGGCUCCCAGAAGGUCACGCGCCAGCUGAUCGAGAGGAAGGAGCUGCUGCACAACGUCCAGCUGCUGAAAAUAGAGCUUUCCCAAAAGAACCUGAUCAUAGACAACAUGAAGGCGGACCACAUGGCAAAGGUUGAGGAACUCGAGGAAAAACUGAACGACGCCUUGCAUCAAAAGCAGGUCCUCUCUCUUAAACUUGACAGCCAGCUUAAGCUUGCACAAGAGGAGAACAGGAAACAGCAGGCUCUGCGUAAGCAGGAGAUGGAGACCAUCCUGCUCAGGCAGCAGCAGCUGGAGGAGACUAACCGGCAGCUGUGCGAGAAGGCAGGAGAGCUGCGCCGCUCCCUGCGCGAUCUGGACAUAACCCAGGAGCGCUACCAGGAGCUCUGCAGCACUCCUGACGACAGACUCAGCAUCCAGGAAUAUGUAGCUAUGCGUUUCUAUGAGGCUGUAACUCCUCUCCGUGCUCAGCUGACUCAGCUGAGUGAACAGAAGAGCUAUCUGACUGAGGAGCUGGAUGUACAGCGGAACAAGAUGAAGCUUUUGAUGGAGAGCUACGAGGAAGAGAGGCGGCUGCGCGCAGACCUGGAGCUGAGGAGCCAGAGGCUGACCUUAGAGCUGGCUGAUACCAAGCAGCAUAUCCAAGAGGGCGACUAUCGCAGAGACAACUACCCAAACAUCAGGAGAGAACGUGAUGAAUUAGAAUCAGAGCUGAAGGAGUUAAAGAGGAGGUUUGAGGCGGUGGACUUGUCUCACGCUGCAAUAACCAGAGAGAGGGAGACACUCAGCAGUGAGGCGGCGACCUUGCAGCAGUCAGUGACUCUCCUGGAGAAGGACAAGGAAUACCUGCACAGGCAGAACAUGGAGCUCAGUGUCCGCUGCGCUCAUCAAGAAGAUCGUCUAGAUAGACUACAGGUACAACUAGAGGAUGCAAAGAAAGCCAGAGAGAAUACGUAUGAAAAAUAUGUAGCAUCCAGAGACUACUAUAAGUCAGAGUAUGAGAACAAGCUCAGAGAUGAGUUGGAGAAUAUCCGGCUGAAAACAAGUCAGGAGAUCGAGAACCUUCAGAGAACCUCCCGAGAGAUGUAUGAGAGAGAGAACAGGAAUUUGCGUGAGGCCAGAGACAAUGCAGUCCUAGAAAAAGACAGAGCUGUCGCCGCUGAAAGAGACUCUCAGUCAAGAUACGACCAACUGCUGGAGCAGUUUCGUCAGCUUCAGCUGGGCACCGACAGCCGAGUAGCAGAGCUGUCCAGUCAGGCCAAGCUGCACUCCUUCGAAGCAGAGCGAGCUCUUUUGCUCAAGGAAGAGACGGCGAAGGCGCUGGCUCAGUGCCAGGUGGAGUGUGAGAAACAGCAGAAGAAGCUGGAGCUUCUCACUCAGGAGUUUUACAGGCUCCAAGCCUCCUCUGAGAAGCGGGUGGCUGAGCUUCAGGCCCAGAAUGCAGAGCAGGCAUCACGACUUGAGACAUAUGAAAAGAUGGAGCAGGAGUUGGACCAGGUUACCAUGCAGGCGGCUGAAAUUGAGAAUGAGGAAGAGGCAGAGAGAAUUCUCUUCUCAUAUGGAUACGGUGCAAACGUUCCAACGACAGCUAAAAGAAGACUAAAGCAAAGUGUUCAUCUGGCCCGCAGGGUGCUGCAGCUUGAGAGACAGAACACAUCACUGAGGAGGGAUCUGGACAGACACCAGUCCCAGACAGGACAGAUGUCUCAGGAGCUGUCUGCAGCCAACCAGCUGUUGCAGCAGACCCAGCAGCCUUACAGCUUUCUAAUCCAGACGGUGAGGGAAAGGGAUGCACAGCUUAGCGCACUAAAGGAACGCCUCUCAUCCCUUGAGGAAGAAGUCAGUUCGUUGAGGAAGGAGCGAAAUGCUCUCCAACAAGUGAAGAACGACAUGGCAGCUGACCUGGAGCGACUUCUCAACAAUAGAGAGGUAGAGGGAGUGGAAUGACUAUUUAACAUGUCAGGCCGCGUUAUUUUUCUUUA